AAGCACUGACGUUCAUUCAGACCUAGCUCAGAAAGAGAGAGAGAGAGAGAGAGAGAGAGAGAGAGAGCAGGGGAUGUGGGGCACACAUACAGAGAAGGAGGGAAGACAGAGCAGGAGAGAGAGAGGAGAAGAGAGGUUUGAAGCUCCUCUUCAAGGACUUUAUGGAGCUUGCUCUGGAGCAUAACUGUCUGGAAAUGAACCAUUAAUACUCUCCAGGCUCAGUCUCAGGGUCCGUCGUCACCAGCCAGCAGCGCGCAUGAGGAGACCCCGCACGCCUCCUGAUCUCCGCGCGCCCUGGCCGCGCUGAAAGUGCUGGGGUCUCGAGCUCUGCGCGCGCGCGCGGGUCUGGCACCAUGGAGGAGGACCUGUCCGCGGAUCAGCCCUUCUGGGCCGCCUUUAACGAGUCGUGGAAGAACUCGAGCGUCUCCAGCAACGCGAGCGCCGCGUCCAACCAGACCGUGAACCCGCUGAAGCGCAACGAGGAGGUGGCCAAAGUGGAGGUGGCCGUGCUCGCUCUGGUGCUGUUCUUCGCUCUGGCGGGCAACCUGUGCGUGCUGCUCGCGCUGCGCACCACCAAGCACGGGCCCUCGCGCAUGUACUACUUCAUGAAGCACCUGAGCAUCGCGGACCUGGUGGUGGCCGUGUUCCAGGUGCUGCCGCAGCUCAUCUGGGACAUCACCUUCCGCUUCUACGGGCCGGACCUGCUGUGCAGGCUGGUGAAGUACCUGCAGAUCGUGGGCAUGUUCGCCUCCACCUACAUGCUGGUGCUGAUGUCCGUGGACCGCUGCCUGGCCGUGUGCCAGCCGCUGCGCUCGCUGCGCAGACGCACCGACCGCCUGUACGUGCUGUGCUCGUGGCUGCUGAGCCUGAUCUUCAGCGUCCCGCAGGUGGGCAUCUUCUCGCUGCGCGAGGUGGGCGCGGGCGUCUACGACUGCUGGGGCGACUUCGUGCAGCCGUGGGGCGCCAAGGCGUACAUCACGUGGAUCAGCCUGACCGUGUACGUGGUGCCCGUGGGCAUCCUGAGCGCGUGCUACGGCCUCAUCAGCUUCAAGAUCUGGCAGAACGUGCGCCUGAAGACGCGGCGCGGGCGCGAGCGCGAGCGGCACGUCAGCAGCGUGGCGCUCAUCUCGCGCGCCAAGAUCACCACGGUGAAGAUGACGUUCGUCAUCGUGCUCGCCUACGUCGUGUGCUGGACGCCCUUCUUUGUCGUGCAGAUGUGGUCCGCGUGGGACCCGGCGGCCCCCAGAGAGGCCAUGCCCUUCAUCAUCUCCAUGCUGUUAGCCAGUCUGAACAGCUGCUGUAACCCCUGGAUCUACAUGUGCUUUGCGGGACACCUGUUCCAAGACCUGAAGCAGAACUUGCUCUGCUGUCCGGCACUUUACCUGAAAUCCUCUCAGUGCCGCUGCGACCUGGAGCACGAAUCCAGCCGCAAGAGCAACUCCUCCACCUACGUCAUCAAGAGCACCAGCAGCCAGAGGAGCAUCACCCAGACGUCCACCACAUAAGCACUAACGCAACUCCAACUGACCAUAAUCACUCAUGAAAGCGUCACAGAAAUAACAGGACAAUGGUGUCAUGGAGAGCUUUGGAAACUUGGACAGGAGCCUAAUAGGACUCAACCCUUGAGCGCUAUUGGAAUCAGCAGGAGCUCUGUCUCUGUGAUCACUGUGAUUACCUCCUGGAGAUGUACAGCGUCCUGUUUAGCUUUCCUCUCCUGCACAGCACAAAAAGACCAUUCUCAUACCGUACAUCCUGAGUGCCAGGAUUUAAGCAAGGACUGCAAUGUUCUAGCAGAUGCCACACGACCUUAAAUGGAGCCAACAUCAUGCCAGGCUCCAUUAGAAUCUGUUUGAGGGUUUUGGCCGCAAGAACAGAGACCAUCUUAAAGAGUCUUAGCGUAUUUUUUCUGUGGGCAAACUUCUGGACUGGAAAUGUUCUUCUUUUGCCAUUAUUGGAAUUUUAAGGCAUGAAUUCCAUUAAUUUUCUGCCAAAAGAAAGAAAUUCCAGCACUGCAUAAGCUCAUUUACAUCUUAUUUAAGGUCACAACCAGUCAAACGGUGUGUUUUUGUGGAUUUACCUCACACUUAAGGUUUAAGUUGCAAGUCAUGAGUAAUGAGGAACUCUACUCUCCAGUAUAAACUGGAAGACUGCCGGGGUCAAUGAGCCUGUGUCCACUGUAUUUUUCUUCCAACCUCCAACUUAAUGGAUGACAACAGAAAUCUGCUGUUGCUUUGGCCCAUUAAGAGCUUAACAUUUCCAUCCAUUUUCCUGAUCAUUUUUCACAUUCGUUUUCCGCUGUCCAACCGCCAACCUACUCCUUUCAAAUUUCUCCUUAAAAAAAUCUUUUUAACGUCUUAACUGAGUCAAAGUUUUGUAGGCACAUGCUUUUUUUGCUGUUUUUUUAAAUGUGAAAUUAAGAAAAUGUAUGUUUUUUACUUGUAAAUGGAAAAUGUGAUUCAAGUGAGGUAAACAAAUUUAAAUGUUGCUCUGAAAACUGAAAAAAGAAAAAAACUCAUUUUUGUUGUUGCACCUUCAAAAGAAAUGUCCAAGAACGAACACAAAACAUAUUUGUUAGAUCCAGCUUUGACAGUAAAAAGGAAGAAAGUAUUACUGCCUAAUGAAAAGUCUCAUUAGCUCUUCCCAUGUUGAUGUUGAUGGUAAAAAGGAUGCGCUACCAGACGGUUUGAAGACAUCAUUUCACAGUGUUUGAUCAUAUUCUUUACUGAAGCUUUUUGUCUGAUUUAAAAAAGCUACUGAACGUUUCCUCUGAAACACAGUCAUGUCCAUUUACAGUUAAUAUAAAUCAGAAUACUACGUAAUUUAUUGAAAAUAAAGUGUAUGUGCUAAUAAAUGUG